AUAUUUGAAUUAUAAAAGGGAGUAGAUGUUUGGUAGAUAGCUAAGAUGUUGGAGCGCAGAGGUCCCUCCUCUCAUUCAGCCCGUCUCAUCUGUCUGACUGGCGCUUCCUCCUCUGAUGGUCAGCGAAUGUUUCUACUCUUAAAGAAGAGGAUCUGUUAAGUCGAUGUCUUCUGUGCAACCCUAAUUCACAACAUUUGGAAACAUGUUGAAGGUGGUCGUUGAAUCUGCCAAAGGGAUUCCUAAAAAAACUAUUGGAGUUCCAGAUCCUAUAGCAGGAAUCAUCUUUAGGGGUGAAAAAAAGAAAACAAAAGCAAUUGACAAGGAGUUAAACCCUGUUUGGAAUGAGAUCAUCGAGUUUGAUUUGAAGGGUUCCCCGUUGGAUUCCUCAUCAUUCAUUGAAGUGGUUGUGAAAGACUAUGAAACCAUUGGAAAAGACAAAUUUAUUGGUUCUGUAAAGAUAUCUCUCAAAGAAUUGGCUGCUGGUCAGACCAGAUCUCUUCCCUCUAAGAACACUCCUCUAAUUAAUGAGAAGAAACAGGAAAUUGGGGCAACUAUCAAUUUAACAAUUGCCUAUGAGCCUCCUGCGAGUACCAUCCCAAACCUGAAUGAUCAAAACACUGGAGAUGCUAGCACUGGAGAUACUGGAGCUGCUGAAGAGGAGAAAGGUGCUGACAGUGAUGAAGAUGCGGGUGAUGUGGCCGAUUCAGGGGCACCUGGAGUUUCUCCCACAGGACAGCCUGGAAAAAAAGACUCCAAAAAGGGGGUUCGGACAACUCGAAAGCGACAGAAAGCUCUGGCCAACAAACCCCAGGAUUUCCAGAUUCGUAUUCGAGUAAUCGAGGGUCGACAGUUACCCGGCAAUAACAUAAAGCCUGUCGCCAAAGUAAGUGUGUGCGGACAGACACACAGAACGAGGAUCCGAAGAGGAAACAAUCCAUUCUUUGAUGAGAUCUUCUUCUACAAUAUCAACAUGCUGCCUUCUGAGCUUUUUGAUGAGAGCAUCAUGAUCCGGGUGUAUAAUGCCUCCUCCCUCAGAGCAGACAGUCUUAUGGGGGAGUUUAAGUUGGAUGUUGGCUAUGUCUAUGAUGAACCUGGUCAUGCGAUCAUGAGAAAGUGGCUACUGUUAGGUGACCCAGAUGAUGCUGUUUCUGGAGCCAGAGGUUAUCUGAAAGUCAGCAUGUUCAUAGUAGGAACUGGAGACGAGCCUCCGGUGGAAAAGCGAGAAGCCAAUGAGGAACAGGAUGACAUUGAAAGCAACUUGCUGCUGCCAGCGGGUGUCGCUUUACGAUGGGCUACCCUGAGUCUAAAAAUCUACCGGGCCGAGGACAUGCCACAGAUGGAUGACGCCUUUGCUCAGACAGUAAAGCAGAUAUUUGGUGGAGCAGACGACAAGAAAAAUUUGGUGGAUCCUUUUGUAGAAGUCAAUUUCGCAGGCAAGAAGGUGUGUACUAAGAUCAUAGAGAAGAAUGCAAAUCCAGAGUGGAAUCAGAUGAUUCAUCUGCAGGUUAAGUUUCCUUCGAUGUGUGAACGCAUCAAACUCACUGCCUUUGACUGGGAUCGACUGUCAAGGAAUGAUGUUAUUGGGACCACGUACCUUAAUCUGACUAAAAUAGCUUCAUCUGGGGGAGAAAUUGAGGAAUCACCCUCAGAAAAUGGACUGCCACCUUCCUUUAAUGUGGACACCACAGAAGCCGAAGUUGGCUUUCUUCCAGCCUUUGGGCCUUGUUAUAUUAACCUUUAUGGAAGUCCCAGAGAAUUUACUGGCCUACCUGACCCAUAUGAGGAUCUGAAUUACGGCAAGGGUGAAGGGGUUGCAUACCGGGGAAGGGUCCUGAUCGAGCUCUCCACUCAACUCAAUGAAAAAACUGACAAGAAGGUGGAGGACAUUUCCAACGAUAACAUUUUAGUGGCACAGAAAUACCAGCGGAGAAGGAAAUAUUCCUUAUGUGCAGUGUUUCACAGUGCCUGCAUGCUUCAAGAGCCUGGAGAACCGAUUCAGUUUGAGGUCAGCAUUGGAAACUAUGGAAAUAAACUGGACUCCACAUGCAAACCAUUGGCCUCUACUACUCAGUAUAGCUGUGCUGUUUUUGAUGGAAAUCACUAUUAUUACUUGCCCUGGGCUGAUUCUAAGCCUGUUGUUAUCCUCACAUCUUUCUGGGAGGACAUAAGUCAUCGUUUGGAUUCAGUGAACAUCAUUUUGUAUAUUUCUGAUCGACUGCAAUCCAACAUCAUCUCUCUAAAGACGGCCAUCUUAGCGAAAGUGUCUGACUCUCGCCUGGCUGAGAUUUGGCUGAAACUUGUCACCCAAGUCAUCGAUGACCUUUCUAGUUACCAGUUACCAGAUCUUGAGGGUAAGCCAAAUCUGACAGCACUUGAUAUUCAAAUCAAGAACCUGCGCGACAAAACCAUGGCCAGUGUGAAGGAGGCAGCCAAUCGCAUGAGGGAGGAGGCCGUCGAUGUUAGAGCCACAAUGGCUGAUAUAGAGGACUGGCUGGAUCGACUGCAGCAGAUCUCAGAGGAGCCUCAGAACAGUAUGCCGGAUGUCAUCAUAUGGAUGCUGAGAGGAGAAAAACGUGUGGCCUACGCUCGAAUCCCAGCCAAUCAGGUGCUGUACACCACCCACAGCGAACAGGCCGUUGGAAAAUACUGUGGUAGGACACAAACCAUCUUCAUGCAGUAUCCAAUGGACAAAAAUAAAGGCCUCAAGAUCCCAGUGCAGCUGCGUGUGAACAUGUGGCUUGGCUUAUCUGCACAUGAAAAGAAGUUCAACACCUUUGCAGAGGGGACAUUCAGUGUAUAUGCAGAGAUGUAUGAGAACCAGGCCCAGGUAUUUGGGAAGUGGGGAACCACCGGUCUUGUUAGCAGGCACAAGUUUUCAGAUGUGACGGGAAAGGUGAAACUGAAGCAGGAACGAUUCAUGCCACCCCGGAGUUGGGAUUGGGAAGGAGACUGGUUCAUUGAUCCUGAGCGCGGUCUGCUCACAGAGGCUGAUGCGGGACACUCUGAAUUCACUGAUGAGGUUUACCAAAACGAAACCCGCUUCCCUGGUGGUGAAUGGAAAUCUGCAGCUGAGCCUUACACUGAUGUGAAUGGAGAAAAGGCACAAAGCCCUGAGGAGAUUGAGUGUCCCACCGGAUGGAUUUGGGAAGAUGGCUGGAAUUUUGACAGCAACAGAGCAGUGGAUGAGAAAGGAUGGGAGUAUGGUGUCACGAUUCCUCCUGAUGAUAAGCCUAGGUCCUGGGUUGCUGCUGAGAAAAUGUAUCACAUCCAUCGCAGGAAAAGACUGGUGCGAUCUCGCAGAAAGACUUCAGAAGCACCAACUAUAGAGAAGAAAGACAUCGGUGAUGGCUGGGAAUACUCGUCUCUGAUUGGCUGGAAGUUUCACAGGAAGGAACGUUCUUCAGACACUUUCCGCCGCAGACGCUGGAGGAGGAAAAUGGCACCAUCUGAACGUGUGGGAGCGUCAGCCAUCUUUAACCUGGAAGGGGCUUUGGGAAUAGACGAUGACGAGAAAGGCAGCAAAAAGGACACGGCUAAACUCUUUGGUGCCAACACACCCACUGUGUUUUGCCGAUUCGACAAGUCAUUCAGCUACCAUCUCAGAGUCUAUGUCUAUCAAGCCAGGAACCUUCUUCCUAUGGACAAGGACAGCUUUUCUGAUCCUUAUGUGCAUGUGUCCUUCCUGCAUGCCAGCAAGACCACAGAGAUCAUUAAAUCCUGCCUUAAUCCCACAUGGGACCAGACCCUCAUUUUUAAUGACAUCGAAAUCUACGGAGACCCUCAGACCAUUGCUUAUACCCCACCCAAUGUUGUUCUGGAGAUUUAUGACAGUGACCAAAUGGGGAAGGAUGAGGCGAUGGGCAGAUGCACCUGUCCUCCAGUGGUGAAGCUAAACCCUGCCAACCCAUUAAUUCCUAAACUCCUUUGGUUUCCCAUCUCGAUGAAGGGACGAAGUGCAGGGGAAAUGCUGGUAGCAGCUGAGCUUUUGCUCAAAGAAAAGGCAAAUGAUGCUAACCUGCCUCUGGUCCCGCCGAGAAGAAGUGAGAAUCUGUACAUGGUUCCUCAAGGGAUCAGGCCUGUGGUACAGCUCACGGCAAUCGAGAUCCUGGCCUGGGGUUUAAGGAACAUGAAGGCAUAUCAGCUGGCAGCGGUGUCUUCCCCCAGCCUGGUAGUUGAAUGUGGAGGGCAGAUCAUUCAGACUGCCACUAUAAAGAACAUCAAGAAGAAUCCCAACUUCCCAGGAUCAGUCCUGUUCCUCAAAGUGCUUCUCCCUAAGGAUGAGAUGUACACUCCACCCAUCGUGCUGAAAGUUAUUGACCACAGGCCCUUUGGGCGGAAGCCAGUUGUUGGGCAGUGCACUAUAAACUCCCUGGAGGAGUUCAGAUGUGACCCUUACAUUGACACUACUGAGGUGGCUAUGUCUGCAAAGGUGGCCAUGAUGGCAGCGGCUCCCCGAGACAUUGUUAUUGAUAUGGGGGACAGAAUCCCUAGCCCUUCCAAGCAGGAAGAGGACACGGUGGACUGGUGGAGUAAAUUCUACGCCUCCAUUAACGAGCAUGAAAAAUGCGGCCCUUAUCUCCAGAAGGGAUAUGACACCUUAACAGUCUAUAACACGGAGCUUGAGGCAGUUCCUGAAUUCAGAGGACUGACAGAUUUUUGCAAUACAUUCAAACUGCAGAGGGGCAAAUUGGAGGACGAGGAGGAAGACCCGUCUGUUGUAGGAGAGUUCAAGGGCUCGUUUCGAGUGUAUCCCUUGUCAGAUGACCCAAACAUCUCAGAUCCACCUCGGCAGUUCAGAGAGCUGCCUGAAAGCUGUCCUCAGGAGUGCCUGGUCAGAAUCCACAUCAUACGCUGCCUCGACCUGCAGCCCAAAGACAACAAUGGCAUGUGUGACCCGUACAUAAAGAUUUCCCUGGGGAGGAAAACAAUUGAUGACAGAGAUCACUACAAACCAAAUACUCUAAAUCCUGAUUUUGGGAGGGUGUUCGAACUGAACUGCUACAUCCCACAAGAUAAGGACUUGAAAAUUUCCGUCUAUGACUAUGAUCUGCUCAGCUCUGAUGAGAAGGUUGGGGAAACAGUCAUCGAUCUUGAGAAUCGACUUCUUUCUCGAUUCGGCUCUCAUUGUGGAAUCCCGAAGUCUUACUGUGUAUCUGGGGUGAACCAGUGGAGGGACCAGCUCAAACCAUCUCAGAUCCUGCAGAAUCUGGCCAGGAUGAGAGGGAUUCCUGCUCCUCAGAUCUCAGAUGAUGGCAGUUUCCUGGCUUUUGGAGGACGAGAGUACAGGCUGGAUGAACUGGAGGCCAAUAAAAGCAUCCAUACACACCUGGGACCUCCUAAGGAGCGAAUCUGCUUGCAUGUGUUGAGGAGACAAGGCCUCGUCCCAGAGCAUGUGGAGACCAGAACCCUGUACAGCAGCUACCAGCCCACGCUCUCUCAGGGCAAAAUUCAGAUGUGGGUUGAAAUAUUCCCCAAAAACCUUGGUAUCCCAGGACCACUCUGUGAUAUCACUCCUCGCAGACCCAAACAGUAUUUCCUGCGAGCUGUUGUUUGGAAUACAACCGAAGUCAUUCUGGAUGAAACCAGCAUCACAGGAGAAAACAUGAGCGACAUUUAUGUGAAAGGGUGGAUGCCAGGUAUGGAGGAGGACAAGCAGAAAACUGACGUCCAUUACAGAUCUCUAGACGGAGAUGGAAAUUUCAACUGGAGAUUCGUAUUUGGAUUUGAUUAUUUGCCAGCAGAACAGUUGUGUCUAGUGUCCAGAAAGGAACAUUUCUGGAGUCUGGACAAAACCGAGUUCAGGAUCCCUCCUAAACUCACUAUUCAGAUUUGGGACAAUGACAAAUUCUCCCUGGAUGAUUACUUAGGCACAGUGGAGUUGGAUUUGCUUCACCUCAUCCCUCCUGCAAAGACCCCUGAAAAGUGCUCUCUAAGCAUGCUAACACAAACAGGCAAAAACCUGACGCCCUCAUCGCUCUUCUCCCAGAAGUCAGUGAGAGGCUGGUGGCCAUGUGCUAUGGAGGAAAAUGGCAAAAAAGUCUUGGCUGGUAAAGUGGAGAUGACUCUGGAGGUGGUGGAAGAGAAAGAGGCGGAUGAGAGGCCUGCUGGGAAAGGAAGAGAUGAACCCAACAUGAACCCCAAACUAGAACCUCCAAACCGUCCAGAUACAUCUUUCCUUUGGUUCACAAAUCCAUGCAAGACCAUGAAGUUCAUCGUAUGGCGCAGAUAUAAAUGGCUCUUCAUCGGAUUAGUUAUUCUCAUCCUGGUGAUCCUGUUUAUUGGAAUCCUCUUGUAUUCUUUCCCGAACUACCUUUCCAUGAAACUUGUAAAGCCAUUUUAAUAGGAAAAAUUCAAGAUUUGGAAACUGCAACCUGCAGUGGGACACAGUCAAUGGAGAAAUUUUAUUCAUUUUAUUCUCAGCAAAAAGACUUGAAUCUAUUACGUAAAAGUUUUUUUGUUUUGUUUUCUUUGUAGACAACACUGGGUUGGCAGAUUGCAAUGCUGCUAGAAGUUGCACUAUAUUUCUUUGUUAUACAAUCUCUGGCUGUUGCUUUCCUUGUUUAUUUGUUAAUAUGCAGGAAAGUUGAUUUAAAUAAUACUAAUGUUUUUUUUUUUU